UGUCACAAUUAUUACUCAAAAUGCGUUUAGCAAUCUGUCGUGGUACAGUAAGUUGUGUUGUUUGACAAUAAUAAAUUCUUUCUUCGGUGAUAGUAACUACUAUUAUCGUAGUGCGUCGCACUCGCAAGUCGCAGUUGACGACACAAACUUUUCUUUUGUGUUGUUUUUGUUUUUCGUGAAUAAUAUUUCACAAUUAAAAUAUAUUUAUCCACAUCACUUAAUAUUAUCACUGUUGUACCAUAACCCCACACAGUCUUGUACUCUUGUAUAAGACUGACCUGAGGCUGUUCAAAAGCCAAUGACACAGAUUACUGGGAUAAAUAAUACAUUUAUCAUGGGGCGUCGUUUAACUGGACCUUCUGCCAGAACUCGUGAUGCACAACCUCUUCCAUUAACAACACAACAUAAUUCAUCUACGACAAACGAUCGAAAUAAUUUGUCACAACAUGAUGAACUUAUUCAUUUUGUUGGUGGUUCAUGGAAUGUUAUUUUUCAAGAAUAUCAAAAUGGAUGCCAAGGAUCUAAUGGUCGUUUUCAUAUACAGUUCUAUGAAGAAGGAAAUAGUGAUACAUUAAAAGGAUUUAAACCCUUUGAUCUAGAAGCUUGGUGGGGAAAACAAACUAUCCAACGAUACCAACAACGUUCCUAAUAUUAUUACACUAAUAUAUUGUAUUGUAUUUUUCAGUUAAUUUUUUUCCCAAUUAUUUAAUACAAAAAAUGGCAUAUGCCUAAUAUCUUGAUACUGACAAUUAAAUUAUAUUUUAUUAUCUGACUAUCAGUUAUUAAUUAUCAGCCUCAUGCAGGUAUGUUCUAAUAAUUUAUGACAUGCCAUAAUAUUUUUAUAGUUAAAAAUUUGAUCAUGAUUGGCAAAAAAAAAAAAUUAAUAAGUAUUAUUUAAUUUAAUUUACUCUUUCAAAACUAAAAUAUAUAAUGUAUAUAUUUAGAUUUAGAGAGUAGGGAUUAAAUACAUUUAUUCCCAAAAAUCAAUUUGACAUUCCAAGUAAUUGGAUAUUUUAGAGUAGCAUGUAUAUUCGUUAUUAUAUAAUUUUAUUUUUAUUAUAGUUAUGACUUAUGAUGUAACUCUUCUACAAUUUAUUUUAUUUUAAAUUAUUAUUUGUUUUUCAAUAAAAUACAUCUAAUUUAAUGAUUUUUUUUCAAUUUAUCAAUUAUUAUUAUUAUUUAAAAACUCAGAAUUGUUAAAGAUUCUUGUUAUAAAAAACUUUAUUAUUGCAAUAUAUUUAUAAUAUUUCACAUUAUUUUUGAGUAUUUAACCAAACCAAUGUAGAUAAUUUAAUAUUGUAAACUGUAAUGAUUCAUUAAGUAAUUCAGUAAAUGUACUUUUAAUAUUUUAAAUAGUUAUAUAUUUUAUACAUAAUUAAGCAUUUGAAUAGUUAAAUAUAUACCGCAGCAUUUCUAUUAAAAAAAAAUUAAUUGUAUUUGGAGUUAUUAAUAAUUUCUUUUUUAAAUAAAUUAUUUUAUACUAAAAGUGACUGUUCUUUUUUUUUUUAAAUUUUAUCACUAUUAUUUACUCUACAUACAUUUUAUAGAAAUAACAUAACAUUGUUUUCUUUUUUUCAUUUGGUUUUUUAAAGCAAUUUACAGAGUAUUGGGGAUUUAUGUGAUCUUGUACAAAAAUGUUUAAAAAGUGAUGUUUAUGUGUCACAUAAGAUAUUAAAAAUAAAACUCAGUUUAUACUCGCUUAUACGUAUUUUCUUUACUUGGAAUUUGGAUUACUUAAUGAGUUAAUAUUCUAUUUUUCUUGAAUAAUUUAAUCCUUAACGCACUAAAAUUUAAACUAUAUUAUUGACUAUUUAACUAAAUACUAAUGUGUAAAAUAUUGAA